AUGGAUAAUAAUAAUUCAGUUUUAAAAAGAACAGUGUCCCCAAAUAAAAAAUUAUUUAAUGAUUAUUUUGUUGUAGAUGAAAUUUAUAAGUUAGCCACCAGAAUCAACGGUCCUUUGCCAAUGCCUGAGGAGACACUAGUAGUGAACCCAAUACAUGGAGUAGUGGACCUAACACAGGUGGACCCAAUAGAUGUAGACUUUACAUUAGUGGACAUAGUAGAGUUGGACCCUAUGCAAAUAGACCCAGUACUAGCUGUGGAUCUAACACAGGUGGACCCAAUUGACGCAUACCCGACAUUAGUAGAAUUGGACCCAAUUCAUGCAUACCCGACAUUAGUGGACCUAGUAGAAUUGGACCCAAUGCCGCUAAACCAAGAAGGAGUGCGUGAAGACCAUUUCUAUGCCAUCAGACCAUUGUUUGAAACAAUCAGAUUAGAUCUAUCAACUAAUUUGGCUGCAUACUACUGUGCAUCCAAUGAAUUAGCUCAUGGUCAAGGUGCUAAAUAUAAGACUCCUCACACAGCUUUUAAUCCAUAUACGAUUACAUCAUUAGAGCGUACUCAGCUCCUUCAUUAUUUUAAUCAUCACUAUUAUGGUACCCAAAUGAUCCCUAAAGACUUUAAUGAUGGAUUUUUCAUCUUUCGUCAUCAUUACAACCACACAACAACCAAUAUUCCUAUUUUGCCUCGACUUGGUGGAAAUAUUGAAGAAUGUUUCCAUUCUAUAGACAAUAAUGAAAUUUUAGAUGAUCUCAAAAAUGGUCUACCAACUCAAUGGGAGCAGAACAACAAAAUCGAUUUAAAAAGACAAAGUCAGAAUGGUCUUUUAGAGUAUGGUUUUUUUGAUAGCAAUGAAGAAGCAGAGGAAUGGAGAUAUCAUAUCUGUAUAAUUAAUUAUUUGAAAAUUAAUAUAUAUAAAAAUCAUAUCUUGUUAACAACCGAGAUGAAAACUCUCUAUCAAUAA